AAUCAUUCCAAACAUGUUGCUUAACGAGCAUACAGCAUUGGUAACGUCUCAGAUCUUGCUGUGUCCGUACAGCGAGCAUCACGUACCAACAUAUCAUGAAUGGAUGAAAGAUGAGGAACUUCAAGAGCUCACGGCCUCCGAACCUCUGAGUCUACCAGAGGAAUACGACAUGCAACGAUCCUGGCGUCAAGAUGUCGACAAACUAACCUUCAUAUCCUGUCUACCUCCCUCCACGCCACCAACCACAAAUACAACCAUUUCACCAAAACAAGACGACGCACCCUCUCGUAUGAUUGGCGAUAUAAAUCUCUUCCUUGUUGAUGACGACGAUGAAGUUGAGGAAGAGGACAACAAAGACCCUGCCGCUCCACGAUCAGUCCUAGGUGAAAUCGAACUCAUGAUAGCAGUAAAGUCUCAGCAUCGCAAAGGACAUGGUCGUGCUUCUCUACUUACGUUCAUGCACUACAUCCUCACCAAUACUGCCCCGAUUCUACAGGAGUACAGCAAAGAUCAGCCAGCAGCUUUACGAUAUCUAAGGGUCAAAAUUUCAGCGAGCAAUGUUAAAAGCAUUGCUUUGUUUGAGAGUGCGGGGUUUGUGAGGACAAGUGCAGAGGCUAAUUACUUUGGGGAGUUGGAGUUAAUAUUGCAGGUCCAGGGGAGGGAGAAGGAAGUUUUGGAUGAGUUGGAAAAGGUCAAGGGAUGGAAUGGAAGACCUUUUGUUGUUGGAUAUCGGGAAGCAUGAGAAAGCGUUUUCAUGAUGUUUGGUUAUGUUAACAAGAGCAUCUAGACACAGCAUCUGCAAAGACAAUCCUUCUUCUCGUC